AUGGCACAUGCUCUCCGUUGUGCCUUUGGGUGGCUGCUUCAGCUCAUGACCAUGAAGGGGAUUACUCACACGGCGCACAGGAUGGGAGAAACUCUCACUGUACCCGCGUACAACGUAUUUGGCUGCCCAGCUGUCAUCCGAAAACAUUGUAAUGUCGAGCUCUGCCAUCACAGGCAGGGGGACCAGUAUGCGGGACUAGCAGCGCAGGCUGGAAUAGAUGGGCGCAUCAGCGUGUGGUGGCUCUCGCACAAGGGAGCCUCAGCGCGGGAAGCCGGGGACGCAGCCGAGAGCGUACUGCGCAGGUGGUUUGGGGGCGUCUGCGCCCCGUCCCCGCGCCGUCCCCGGGGAGAAUGCAGCAACUGUAAACACUCGCACAAGAAAUUUGCCAGGUGGACAUCAAGCACUCUCAGCAUCUUUUCUAAAAUGGAUUUCUUCUCUGCUGCUUGUCUGAGUAUACUUAAUAGCAUUAAGUUCAGAAUUUUGGAACCUUCUGGCCUGGUGAACAUGACCUCCUCUAUACUGCAAAGAGCAGUCUCUGUGGUGUCUGGCUCCUCACAUACCGAUGCCAGCUGUGCACGUGAGGUGGCAUCUCUGUUCCCAGCCAUGAGCUGGGGGUUGUGUAUGGCUGCUGGUGUUGGCAGCUGGAUGCGAAAAGAGCUAAUGAGAAGGCCAGGAGCAUCGGAAGGAACUAAAAGACUAUUGAGAGGUAGGGAGAGAGUUAAUUCAGAAGAGAAAAAUCAUGGCAGGAGUGAAAAUGAUGGCAAGGACGACCAGUGGUGGGAAUUCUGCAAAGCAGGCAUCUCCUUCUAG